AGUGAACUAUCUGUUGCCACCUUUGAACUACCGGAACUUAACUAAGAUGAGUAAAGAGAUUCAGUUUGUUAAGAAUGAUUGGGAGAAGUAUGUGUCACACAAUAAGUACUUGGUAGCCAAUUACACUGCAGGCUGGUGUGGACCAUGUCAAGCGAUCAAACCAAUUGUUGAUCAAUUGUAUAAUGAUCCCGACCGCAAAUACGCUAAAAUUGAAUUUGUUAGAGUGGAUUUGGAUAAAGAAAGGGAAUUGGCCGGGAGAUAUCAAGUUAGCAGUAUUCCUACUUUUAUAUUUUUGGUGAAUGGUGAGGAAACUAAACGUAUCCAGGGAGCCAAUGUUCCAGAAUUGACCAAACUGUUAGAUGAAUUCAGUGACCUUGCCAACAACGAUUCCGACGCCGAGGUAAGACAGGGGAAUGGCUCCAACGGGGGUGGGGCCGACAUUACCAAGAGUGUGAUUUACAAAGAUAUUUCGUCGUAUAUACCCAAGGGAUAUGAACUAUUAAAUGAUUACUUAUACUCGGGCCAAUUCGAAUCCUUGAAUACAGUACCAUUAUACAAGAGUGAAGAACUGGACGUGAAAAACGUUUUCAGAAUAAACGAUACCCGCCCAAGUACGGUAUACUCUGAUUCUGACUCUCAAUUGCUAUUUUACAUACCAUUCACUCACAUUACCAAGGUCUACUCGGUGCUAUUAUCGUUCAAGAAACCAGAAUCUUACAAGCACGAAGAAUCCAUGGAACUCGACGAAGAGGACUUGCAAAACGAGACCCAGGUCCCAAACUUGUUGAAAGUCUGGCCAAAUCAUAACAAUAUCAUCUCCUUUGAUGACGCAAACGAUUCGAACGCCCCUCACAUUGAAGAAAUCACCGUUGCUGAUCAAGACUCGGAAACAAUCUGGUACGAAGCCAAAUUGAAGUUUGUGCGUUUCCAAAAAGUGCAAAGCUUAAAUCUCUUCAUCGACGGAGAAGACCAAGACUACCACACCUUAUUGGACAAGGUGGUCAUCAUUGGGGUCAAUGGCGAGUCUAAAGACCAGGGCAAGCUCGAGUAGACUACUGGUUUAUCCUAAAGCAUAUCCGGUGCUCGAACCCACACCCGUACACACACCCGUACACCGCGAAAAUGGCAAAUACCGAAAGAAAAAAAAAAUAAAGAUACAACUACAAUGCCUCUUGCACUCUUCACUUCCCUCUAGCCUAACAGCACUGACCGUGUUGAUUGCAGUCUAUAAGUAUGUAAAUAAGUAGCAAUUUGAUAUACAUCGUUUAUUUGA